ACUUGAAUGGCUAAAAGGACUAUUGAUAUGGUUUCUCCAAAUAGAACACAGGGUCCACAGUACCCACCUAUGGUUAGACAAGGCUCUUUAUAUAACCUCACCUUUGAUGAGGUUCAGAGCCAGUUGGGGAACACAGGGAAGCCUCACCAUAGUUUGAAUUUGGAUGAGCUUCAGAAAAAUGUGAUCUCAGCUGAAAGUGGACAACUUGUGGAAACCCCUUCAUCUGAUCAUUCAUUUAUUCUAGGUAACAUUGGUUUGAAUGGCACAUUGAGUAACAAAACCGUCAGUGAGGUUUGGAGGGGAAUAGUUCACCAAGAACAUGUGAACAAGUCAGUGGAUACCCACAUGAGACAACCUUCUUUGGGUGAAACAACCUUAGAAGAUUUUCUAGCACGAGCGGGUGUGAUACAUGUGGGAAACCAGGACGAUGUUGAUGUUAUUGGUGAUACUCAGCCCCUGAUGGGAAUUGACCCAAUGGUGAUGCCUUCGCAGCAUGAACAUUGGAUGCAAAUGCAAAUGCAAAUGCAAAUGCACAUUCCUGCCAUUAAUAUCAACCCACAACAACAACAACAUCAACAUCAACAUGAACAAAUAAUUGGGUUGUGUCCAGAUUUCAGUGUUACCAAGUCAGAAUAUGAGAACCCAGUUAUGGAUAUUGGUUACUCAGAAAAUUCACUGGCCAUUUCAAUGUCAAGUGCAUGUUCAGAUUCCAAGAGUGCUAUUGUUGGGAAGAAGAACAAAUACUCAGAUGAGGUGCUGGAAAAGACUAUUGAGAGGAGGCAAAAGAGAAUGGCCAAGAAUAGGGAAUCUGCUGCAAGAUCAAGGGCAAAGAAGCAGGUUAGUACAAAGACUCAAGCGUGCGGUUAGUGAAAGAUAUCUUCACAAUCACAAUGGAAAUUUAUACCAUUCUUUAUCUCAUGCUUCAAGGAACAUAUAAAUAAGUUAGAGAAGGACAAGUGUCGCUUGCAGAAAACGAAUAGCUUGCUCAUAAAGCUGAAGGUAAACUCAGCAAUCCAUUACAAAGGGGAAAACUAAUUUUGUGAUGUGUGUGUUGUCUUAAUCCUUAUGAUCAUUUCUGCAUGAUUGAAUCGUACUAGUCAUACUAUAUAUCAGUAGUAGUGUAUAUUAAUUUUGGCGUCAAAGUUGUACAAAGAAGUGGCUUGUGUGUGUGUGUGUGUGUGUGUGUUACACAUGAUUAUGUCAAGAGAUUUUCCAUUUAUUGGAUGUGAUGAAACUGUGUAAUCCAACAGAAGAAAGAAUGACACAUUCUAUUGCAUGUAUGUGAAGGAGAUGUGUACGUUGGUAGAGGAGUGAGACCGGACAAAGCCACGAUGGGGGGACGGCUAUAACCCUCAAAACCCCAAGGCUCAAAAAUGCUCUUCAACAAUUUAUAAAGUUUUUAUAAUUAAUUUCAUAAUAAAUAUAAUUUAAUGCCUAUCCCUUUCAUAAUUUUAAACUAAAAUUAGUAUAUGAUCAUGCAACAUGAGAUGCCUGUCUUUAUCCCUGAUAAUGAUUUUUUUUUAUUUAAUUCAUAUUUGUAAUACUUUUUUUUUAUUAUAAUGGCAUGACUAUAUUUUUAGUUUUCUAAUUAUAAUCAUGUUUGUAGGUUUACACUAAAUUUUGGCCACUAAAAAUAUUGAUACUUUUUACAUUGAUUUUUAUAAAAUUAAUUGCUAAUAUUUAGUCUCUAAUAUUUGAAAGGAGUAAAAAUUUAAUUUCUAUUGUUUAAAAAAUUUGUUAGCAUUUAGUCUGAGGAACUAUUUUUAUUUAUCUUUUUAAAAUAUUAUAUACUAAUAAAUUUUUUAUACUAAUAAAAUUUUUAUAAAGACUAAUUCUAAAAGCAAUAAUAUUUAUAGGGAUUAAAAAUUUAUUUAAGUCCUGUUCAUAUUUAUUAAAAAGAAUAUUUUAGGAAAUUAUAAGUUCAUAUAUAAUUUAAAAUAUAUAA